AUUUUUCUUCUUUGGCCCCAUGGAGGAAGUGAGAAAGUUGGCACGGUCACCCAGGGCGUCGCAGGACCCGGUCACUCAGUGACAGAUGGACAAUGCAAGAAUGAGCUCCUUCCUGGAAUACCCCAUCCUCAGCGGAGGCGACUCGGGAACCUGCUCAGCGCGAGCCUACCCCUCGGACCAUGGGAUUACAACUUUCCAGUCGUGCGCGGUCAGUGCCAACAGCUGCAGCAGCGGCGACGACCGCUUCCUAGUGGGCAGGGGGGUGCAGAUCAGCCCACCCCACCACCACCACCACCACCACCACCACCACCACCACCCCCAGCCAGCCACCUACCAGACUCCUGGGAACCUGGGAGUGUCCUACUCCCACUCAAGUUGUGGCACAAGCUAUGGGGCGCAGAACUUCGGCGCAUCUUACAGCCCCUAUGCGUUAAAUCAGGAAGCAGAUGUAAGUGGUGGGUACCCCCAGUGCGCUCCCGCUGUUUACUCUGGAAAUCUUUCAUCUCCCAUGGUGCAGCAUCACCACCACCACCAGGGUUAUGCCGGGGGCGCGGUGGGCUCGUCUCAGUACAUUCACCACUCAUAUGGACAAGAGCACCAGAGCCUGGCCUUGGCCACGUAUAAUAACUCCUUGUCCCCUCUUCACGCCAGCCACCAAGAAGCCUGUCGCUCCCCUGCGUCGGAGACAUCUUCUCCAGCGCAGACCUUUGACUGGAUGAAAGUCAAAAGAAACCCUCCCAAAACAGGGAAAGUUGGAGAGUACGGCUACGUGGGUCAACCCAACGCUGUGCGCACCAAUUUCACCACGAAGCAACUUACCGAGCUGGAGAAGGAGUUCCACUUCAACAAGUACCUGACGCGCGCUCGCAGGGUGGAGAUCGCCGCGUCCUUGCAGCUCAAUGAGACCCAAGUGAAGAUCUGGUUCCAGAACCGCCGAAUGAAGCAGAAGAAACGAGAGAAGGAGGGCCUCUUGCCCAUCUCUCCGGCCACCCCGCCGGGAAGCGAUGAGAAGGCCGAGGAAUCCUCAGAGAAGUCCAGCUCCUCGCCCUGUGUUCCUUCCCCAGGGUCUUCUACCUCAGACACUCUGACUACCUCCCACUGAGGCCACCCCAGCCCCACACUCCGUAGCCCAAGCUUCUCCUCGGGCUGGAGCUUAUAAACCAAAGCACAUUCUUAGCUUACCUUCCUUUCCAUUCACAGCCUCUCUUUUCCUUUCUGAUCCUAUCUGGGGGAGUUCCUGGCCAGGUUAAUGUGUUUCCAGAGAAUUCUGGACCACAGACUUUGUGAGGGGUUAAAUUCUUAAUCCAGACUGGGUAUCAGAAUCAAUUUUCUUAUGGACUUUAACAGGUUUUCCCACUUUAAUAUUUCCACAGAACUUACUGUUCUUUUGGAUGCCCUUUGGAAACUAGUCGUCUUUGCUAGCAGAAACAUGUCAAAGGGUGGCCUCUCUCAUCUUUUACCUGUCUGCAUAUUUACAGUCCUCCCUGACCCUGACCUUAAAAGUAGGAGAUACAUAUAUAUCUAUCUAGAGAGAGGAGAGAGUUCAGGAGCUCACAAGGAAAGAUGCACUAUGAGUGUUUACACAAUUCAUCUUUUAAUUUAAUUCAGUUUCAUGUGUGUGAGUUUGCUGGUUGUAAAUACUUUGUCCUGAGAGAUUUAUCUUUAUACGGAUUUUCUAGAAAUGUUUGGAUUAAGUGACUAAAACAAGGUGGACUAACUCUCAAAGCUGAUACAAUUUUUUAUGUGAUUAUAGGUGAAUGAAGGCAUUCUUUCAUUUAAGCCCAAUGAGAUGGUUCAGAGGGUAUCCUCGAUUCUUUCUUUUAGUGACUUAAGAAGGCCUGCCUACAGAGCACAAGGUUCAGAAACCUGGCUUCCUGUGCUAAGUCCCCCCCCCAGCCCCUACUCCUUUCUUCUUGCUUCUCUGGCCACCCCCUUCCAUUUAAAAUUUAUGCUGGAUUAUUCUGAACCUAAAGAUAUCAUUCAAACCAGCUUUUUCCUUUCACAGUUAUUUUAGCUGGAUAUGAUGUAUUUUCAGCUCUAUUGUUAAUGUGAUGGAUGGCGCAACGAAUGUGUAUUUUGUGUGAUUCGUGAAUAGUGUUCUGCAUGUCGCACAAUGUUUUUUGAUUUUCCUGAAGUAUCACACUGAGUUCUAUCAGUUCUUCUUUGUGAGCCUAUGAUAUUCCCCAUUUUCUGUACAAUCAUGAAUAGCUCUGAGAUGCCGGAGUGAUGUGAUCAGAGCAGAGUUACGGGUCUUAAGAUGUCUGUAAUAAAUAUAU